AUGACCAUAGACUUCUCAGCUGCUGUUCUUGUCAGAAAAUUCAAAAAGAAAAAAAAGUACUUGGGUAUCUUGUUGGAUCCACACUUAAGGCGCUGUCUUCAGUGGAUGGAUGGUGAUGUGGGCGGUCGGCGGUCCGGGCUGCUCUUCAACGUGGUCGGCAACGUCCUUGGACUCCUGGUGUCCGGCGCGCGGUUGUACGGCUGGCCCCUCUAUGCCAUGGAUGUCGUCCUCGGCUUGGCGGGCGAUGUCGUCCGGUCCCUCUCGGCGUUCUGCAGAGUGCGGCGCGACUUCAGCCUUGACAUUUUCGGAUGAUGCUCCAAUCCAGCAUGGGAAGGGUGGGUAUGUAGCCUUCGGUCGGCGGCGGAAACUCUGUGGUGUGAGGUGCAGGCGUCUGGACUUCUGGAACGGUGGUACAUGGGCGUUUCUCCCGCGCGACAUCUUUUGUCUCUGAAAUCACUGAUGUGGCCUCCAGGAUGCGGUGUGGUUCUUCCAUAAUUUAUUGGACGAUGCAAUGAUGCGAGUGCAGUGAAACGAUCUCAAAUAUGUGGGGUUAUGUGCAAGAUUACAAAUGAAUGACCACAAGUUGAAAUAGUGUAAAAAAUUCAUUGAAGUGAAGGAAUACAAAAGUGUGCUUCAAUAAUAUGUUCAGUGAUGAAGUGAAUCAAAUUAGCAAUAUUGUUAACAUAAAAU